AUGUCCUACAAUCCGCGCCAGAGCAAUGUCUUCCGCUCAUCAUCGCAGAACCAGCCCCCACCAAGCACCCGCAAACAGACCACCCAGCAGGCCGACAGCUACCUCAUGAUAGCCGAAAGCACCAUCGUCGACUGCAUCUCCGAACUCGGCGUCACCUUCUCCCUCGACGACCUCAAGCGGCCCACGCCCCAAAAGACACAACUCGUCUUCGAGAUGUUCGCCGAGCUGCUCAUGGGCGUGCGUCGCGAGACCGUCGAGCCCAUCAUCCGCUCUGCCAGCGAGCAGCUGGACCACCCGGAGACCCUCCACGAGCCCAGCGCACUAAUGGCCUUCUACGCCUCGCUGCGCACGCUCCUGCAGGAGUGCGACAUCCACGACUUCACCUUCAACGACCUGGCCAAGCCCGACACCAAGCGCCUCAUCAAGAUCUUCAGCUACGUCAUCAACUUCACGCGCUUCCGCGAGGGCCGCGCCGGCGAGAUCGGCGAGCACCUGGCCAAGGCCGAGAAGAUCCGCGACGCCAUCGAGGCGCGCGCGCAGGAGAACGAGGAGCUGGCGGCGCGGGUCGAGGCGCUGCGGGCAAGGCGCGCGAGGGAGGAGCCGCUGAUUGAGGGCGUGCGGAAGGAUGUGGAGGCGCUGACGGAGGAGCUGAGGGGCAUGAGUAAGCGCGAGAAAACGCUGAGUGCGGAGUAUGGGCGGCUGCGGAAGGAGAAGGAGGCGCAUAUCAAGACGCUGGAGGACCGGUCGUUCUUUGUAACGAAGACGAGGCAAGAGGCGGAGAAGAUCAGGCCGUAUAUUGUGGAUAGCCCCGAGAAGCUGCAGGGGGUGAUUGUGGACAUGGGGACGACGCUAGCGGCGGAGAAGGCGGAGGCGGAGGCGCUGGAGAGGAGGGCGAGGGCGCUGCAGACGAGUGCGGAUAGCUUUGCGGUGGUGGAGGCAGACGUGAUGGCGGCGAUUAAGAUCAUGGAGGAGUGUGAGGCGGAGCUGGUGAAGGAGGAGGAGAGCGCGAGGAAAGCGGCGAGGCACUUUGAUGUGCUGACGCAGAAGCAGACGGAGGUGCGGGAGGCGGAGAGGAGCGAGCAGCGCCUGCAACGCCAGCUCCAAAACGCCACCGACAAGAUCACCCGCGCGCGCGAAACCGCAGAGGCCAAGUCGUCGAGCGCGCAGAAGAAGAUGCGCGAGCUCAAGGAGGCCUACAAGCAGCUGUCGCGCGAGCGCGCCGAGCGCGACAAGGACAUGGAGAAGAAGAAGAUCAUCAUCGAGAGGAUCGAGAAGGAGAUGGCCGACAUGCGCGAGAAGGUCGAGGAGGAGGUCAGUGCCGCACAUGCCGAGUUUGCGAAAAUGAAGGGCCAUAUAUUGCUGUAUAUCAGUGAGAUGGAGCAGAGUAUUUGA